AUUUUAGGCGUCUAGCCUACCUAACCUUACAUUAUGAUAGUUGGUUAUAGAACUAUAGUUAAUGUAGUAAUUGUGUUCAUGAUUCACAUUUGACAUACUUCACAAUUAUUUCAGAAAUGUAGGCCUAUCGCAUCUCAUAGCCUAUUCGCGUAAACCCGAGUGCACCACCUGCCUGACAAUCCAAAAGUUUCAAUGGCCAAUCUAGAAAGUAAUUGCAGGGGCACAAAUUAUUCGUUAGUGCGGUGCAAGUAGGUCAUGGUGUCGUAUUCACACAUAUAAGAACAUAGCGUGAGAGGAAUAAUUAUUGUGCUGCUGAAGAAGAAAUUAUUAUUUCAUACCAGCAGUAUCUAGGUGAGUUUGAGGGCGAUAACGCGCAGGCACAGUGCACGCGCAGUAUCAGGGCUGCUGUUGCCACUGCUGCAAUGGCGGCGCACUGAAGAUUGGAGUUGAAUGAGUUUAUAUCCGUGUGUCGUGUAUGGAUUGUGGCAAGAGGACACGAACAAGAUCUGAACUUCAGUGGCAAACGGAUUUGGAUAAGUGUCUUUGUUCCUGUAUUUAUGUUCAGAGGGAAACGUUGCUAGCUGUGCUAGCGAACAGUAGCCUAUGCAACCGCUCCGUGGAAUCAUCUCACAUCUGCAUGCAAUAGGGAUCCACCACCACCACCACCCACCACUACUCGCUCGUUGAACAAUUUCAGGAGGGUUAUUCACAAACCAGUGAAUUACAGUAGACAGAGUGAACCGGAACAUCAUGGCUGAACGAAACUCCUCUGGAUUACUAAUGAUGAUGAUGGAGCCAACUCCGGCAAUUGCAAUGACUCUCCCAGCAGAGGUUCGAGAGAAACUCGCGGAGCUGGAGCUAGAGCUAUCCGAAGGGGACAUUACGCAGAAGGGCUAUGAGAAGAAACGCAGCAAGCUGCUGGCCCCCUACAUCCCACAGAUCCAAGGAGUAGAUCCAUCUCUUCAGAUUGAGAACAGAAUUCAGGCAUCGUCCCAAGCUGCUCCGGCUGGCUCCAAACAGAACAAGACCCGCACGCCAAACACGCGGGAUGAACGCUUUCGCUCCGAUCUGCACACAGAAGCUGUCCAAGCAGCCUUAGCCAAAUACAAAGAGAGAAAGAUGCCCAUGCCCUCCAAGAGACGCUCCGUGCUCGUGCAGUCCUCAGUAGAAGCAUGCACGCCACCAGACACCUCAUCGGCCUCGGAAGACGAGGGCUCGCUGCGCCGGCAGGGACGGAUGGCCUCCUCCACCCCGUACCAGGCCCACGCCACCGUGGAGCACUGGUUUAACAGGGUCAUCCAGGGCUCCUCCACCUCAUCCUCCGCAUCCUCCACCUCAUCCCACCCCGGAGGGAGGCCGCACGCCAACGCCAACCCCACCGCCACCGCCACUGCCACCGCCACCGCCCUGGCCGACCUCAUGGCACACACCCAGCUAGAUAACCACUCGGCGCCCCCAGAUGUCACGGGCCUGUCCGAGCGCUCGCUGCACGCCGAGCGGCCCCAGGUGGCCUCGGUGCGGGGCCUCCCCCGCGGCUACAACCACACCAGCGUUAUGGAAACCGCAGACGGUGUUCCGGUCAACAGUCGCGUCUCCUCAAAGAUCCAGCAGCUGCUCAACACGCUGAAGAGGCCCAAACGGCCCCCGCUGAGGGAGUUCUUCGUGGACGACUUCGAGGAGCUCCUGGACGUUCAACACCCUGACCCCAACCAGCCCAAGGCCGAGGGGAUGCAGAUGAGUCCGCUGGAGGGGGAGUCUCUGGGGGUGAUCUCCAACUGGCCCCCGUCCCUGCUGGCCUCCCUCCAGCGGUGGGGGACCACGCAGCCUAAGAGCCCCUGCCUCAGCGCCCUGGACAACGCCGGAAAGCCCGUCUACACGCUCACAUACGGUAAGCUGUGGACCAGAAGUCAAAAGCUGGCCUACACCCUAAUGAACAAGCUGAGCACCAGGAACGAACCACUGCUACGACCUGGAGACAGGGUGGCGCUGGUGUUCCCCAACAAUGACCCGGUGAUGUUCAUGGUGGCGUUCUACGGCUGUCUCCUGGCGGAGCUGGUGCCCGUGCCUAUCGAGGUGCCCCUCACCAGGAAGGAUGCAGGAAGCCAACAGAUUGGCUUCCUGUUGGGCAGCUGUGGCGUCACCCUGGCACUGACCACUGACGCCUGCCAGAAAGGACUGCCCAAAGCACAGACGGGAGAGGUCGUGACCUUCAAAGGGUGGCCACGACUGCUGUGGUUCGUGACAGAUGGCAAGCACGUGGUGAAAACCCCUAAGGACUGGUACCCGCCCUUAAGGGAAGCCAGCAACGAGAUCGCUUACAUAGAAUACAAAACCAGUAAGGAGGGGAGCACCAUGGGCAUCGCUGUCUCCCACGCCGCCAUGUUGGCUCAUUGCCACGCACUUACACAAGCCUGCGGCUACACAGAGGGGGAAACCAUAACAAACGUCCUUGACUUCAAGAGGGAUGCAGGACUGUGGCAUGGAGUACAUACGAGUGUGAUGAACCGGAUGCACGUAAUCAGCAUCCCCUACUCCCUGAUGAAAGUCAACCCCCUCUCCUGGAUCCAGAAAGUGCACACCUACAAAGCCAGGGUAGCGGUGGUGAAAUCCAGAGACAUGCACUGGUCACUGUUGGCCCAGAGGGACCAGCGAGACAUCAGCCUGAGCUCCUUACGGAUGCUGAUAGUAGCAGAUGGAGCCAACCCCUGGUCUAUCUCGUCAUGUGACGCCUUCCUGAACGUUUUCCAGGCCCGAGGCCUGAGGCCAGAGGUGAUCUGCCCGUGCGCCUGCUCCUCUGAGGCCAUGACCGUCGCCAUCCGCAGGCCUCCAGAGACGGGCAUUCCUCCCCCGGGCAAGGCGGUGCUGUCCAUGAGCGGUCUGAGCCACAGCGUGAUCCGCGUGGACACGGAGGAGAAGCUGUCGGUGCUGACCGUGCAGGACGUGGGUCAGGUCAUGCCCGGAGCUCUGGUGUGUGUGGUGCGGGUGGACGGCACGCCCUACCUGUGUCAGACGGACGAGGUGGGGGAGAUCUGCGUCAGCUCCAGCACCACCGCCAUCUCCUAUUACGGCCUGCCUGGCAUGACCAAAAACAUCUUUGAGACCAUCCCAGUGACAGCGUCGGGGGCCCCCAUCAGUGACCGGCCCUUCACACGCACCUCUCUGCUGGGCUUCGUGGGCCCGGACAACCUAGUGUUUGUGGUGGGUAAGAUGGAAGGGCUGAUGGUGGUCAGUGGUCGUAGACACAAUGCCGAUGACGUGGUUGCCACGGCAUUAGCAGUGGAGCCCAUGAAGUUUGUAUACAGAGGAAGAAUCGCUGUGUUCUCAGUGUCGGUGCUGCGGGAUGAACGCAUUGUGGUGGUGGCAGAGCAGCGGCCAGACGCCUCAGAAGAGGACAGCUUCCAGUGGAUGAGUCGCGUGCUGCAGGCCAUAGACAGUAUCCACCAGGUGGGGGUGUACUGUCUGGCGCUGGUGCCCGCCAACACGCUGCCCAGCCCCCUGGGUGGCAUCCACAUCUCGGAGACCAAGCAGCGUUUCCUGGAGGGCGCGCUGCACCCCUGCAACGUGCUCAUGUGCCCGCACACCUGCGUCACCAACCUGCCCAAGCCCCGGCAGAAACAACCAGAGGUGGGACCGGCCUCCAUGAUCGUGGGGAACCUUGUGGCGGGAAAGCGCAUCGCUCAGGCCUGUGGGAGGGACGUGGCUCAGCUGGAGGACAAUGACCAGGCACGUAAGUUCUUGUAUAUGCAAGAUGUGCUGCAGUGGAGAGCCCAGGCCACCCCUGACCACCCUCUGUUUAUGCUGCUAAACGCUAAGGGCACAGUUGCCAGCACAGCCUCCUGCCUGCAGCUGCACAAGCGGGCGGAGCGUGUUGCCGUGGCGCUGAUGGAGAAGGGCAGACUGAACACAGGGGACCACGUGGCACUGGUCUACCCCCCUGGCAUUGACCUGAUCGCCACCUUCUACGGGUGCCUGUACGCCGGCUGCGUGCCGGUCACGGUCAGACCCCCCCAUCCCCAGAACCUGGCCACCACUCUGCCCACGGUCAAGAUGAUAGUGGAGGUCAGCAAGUCGGUCUGCAUUCUCACCACUCAAGCAAUAAUGAAGCUGCUGAAAUCCAAAGAGGCGGCGGCGGCUGUGGACGUGAAGACCUGGCCCAUGGUGCUGGACACAGAUGAUCUCCCCAGAAGGAAAAGCCCCCAGAUCUACAAACCCCCCACCCCAGAGAUGCUGGCGUAUCUGGACUUCAGUGUGUCCACCACGGGCAUCCUAGCGGGCGUCAAGAUGUCCCAUUCCGCCACCAGUGCCUUGUGUCGCUCCAUUAAGCUGCAGUGUGAGCUCUACCCCUCGCGGCAGAUCGCCAUCUGCCUCGACCCCUACUGCGGCCUGGGCUUCGCUCUCUGGUGCCUGUGCAGUGUUUACUCUGGUCACCAGUCCAUCCUGGUUCCCCCUCUGGAGCUGGAGAGCAACGUGUCGCUGUGGCUGUCCGCCGUCAGCCAGUACAAAGUGCGGGUCACCUUCUGCUCCUACUCCGUCAUGGAGAUGUGCACCAAGGGCCUGGGCUCCCAGACGGAGGCUCUCAGGCUGCGGAACGUGAACCUAUCGUGCGUGCGCACCUGCAUGGUGGUGGCGGAGGAGAGGCCGCGCAUCACCCUCACCCAGUCCUUCUCCAAGAUCUUCAAGGACCUGGGCCUGUCCGCCCGCGCCGUCAGCACCACCUUUGGUUGCCGCGUCAACGUGGCCAUCUGCCUGCAGGGCACAGCUGGACCCGACCCGACCACCGUCUAUGUGGAUAUGAGAGCUCUACGGCACGACAGGGUGCGUUUGGUGGAGAGAGGAUCGCCGCACAGCUUACCACUGAUGGAGUCAGGCAAGAUCCUGCCAGGAGUGAAGGUCAUCAUAGCGAACACGGAGACCAAAGGCCCACUGGGAGACUCGCACCUUGGGGAGGUUUGGGUGAGCAGCCCUCACAACGCCUCGGGCUACUACACUGUGUACGGUGAAGAGGCCCUGCAUGCCGAUCACUUCUGCACCAAGCUCAGCUUCGGCGACACCCAGACGGUAUGGGCUCGGACAGGCUACCUGGGCUUCCUCCGCCGUACUGAGCUGACGGAUGCUAGUGGGGAGAGACAUGAUGCACUGUAUGUGGUGGGGUCUCUGGAUGAGACACUGGAGUUGCGAGGCAUGCGCUACCACCCCAUUGACAUUGAGACCUCGGUCAUCCGGUCACACAAGAGCAUUGCAGAAUGUGCCGUGUUCACAUGGACCAACCUGCUGGUGGUGGUGGUGGAGCUGGAGGGCUCGGAGCAGGAGGCCCUGGACCUGGUGGCCCUGGUGACCAACGUGGUCUUGGAGGAGCACUACCUGAUCGUGGGCGUGGUGGUGGUGGUGGACCCGGGGGUCAUCCCCAUCAACUCGCGGGGGGAGAAACAGCGCAUGCACCUGCGCGACGGCUUCCUCGCCGACCAGCUUGACCCUAUUUAUGUAGCCUAUAACAUGUGAGCGUGGCCCCAGAGGCGCAGGGACAUUGCGGAGAGAUGAACAAUUUGCACACCAUGGGAUGGAGAGAGGGAGAGGAAGAAAAAAAAAAAGAGGAGAUAAAGCAGAAGUGAGAUAGAAGAGACAGAGAGUGAACGGAUCUUCACUGUGGCUCUCUCCCUCCGUUCCUUUUCCUUCGAAGACUUGGGCCAUUCUUAAUCUCGACAGAGCUAUGCAGUGCGUUUAUUUUUCUAUGACUCAUUUGAAUGCCUUGGACGUUGAGACUGCUUUUUUGGUGAGGCAGGUGACGACAAAAUAUUUUUCUUUUUGUUGUCAUGGUUGUUUUUGUUUUGUUUGUUAUAGUUGCCUGAAAUGCUCAUGUAGAUCGUCAUGCACUCCGUGUGCCGUUAAGCACAGUGAUGUUGGCCUACAAGAACUCCUUGUGAUUUCCCCCACUGCCCUGGCUCACGUGUCAACAGGAAGUGAGGUCUGAAGCACGACACUUCAAGGAUCAUGUUUCACAGGACAACACGUUUCAGCAGGAUUUGGCUUUAAAUGGUUUUAAAUUGUUUUAGUUUUUUUCUGAUUUAUGAACCUAAAAUAUGCCUAUUUAAUUGCGCUAAUGUUGACAGCGACAUCACUACCACCAAAAUAGUAUGUUUAGAUUUGUUUACCUCCAUAAAAGUAUGUUCAGUUAUUUCCAAAUGGACAGGAUCUGGUGUAGGUUUUAUUCAAAGGCCCAAAUGCAAUAAUGAGACUAAUUUGAUCGCCAGCAGUACUGCCCAGUAGCAGUCCUAAUGUUUUUAAUCCAUGUGUGACAAGAAAUUAAAGCUUUUGUUAGCGUUCCUUGUCAUUUCUUUUAAAAUGAGCCUUAAAUAUUUCCCGAUGCCUGUUAUUAGCUUGUUUUUAAACUAUCAUUUAAGUAAAGUAGCUUCAUUACUUAUUUCAGACAAUAUUUCAGACUGAAAUGUCUGGGUCAGGCUUGAUUAACCUUGUUCAGGACGUUCAGGUAUACUUAACUGUAUGACAUGUUUUGCUGUCUCCAGAUAAUCAGUUUAUAACCUAAAUUGACAUCUUGGUCUGUUAUUGACAAAGACAAUUUAGAUAUAUGGUUCACAGCAAAGGUUUUUUUCUGUUGAAUUCCUGUAUGAGAGUGUAUGAGAGUUCAAGUCUUUGCUGACGAAUGUAAAACUAUCACGACUGGUGUUGCCAAGUCAAGACUUCUAAGACUGCAUAGAGAAUUGACCAAAGUCACCAAAUCAUAUCCCCUUGAUGUGUUUCAACUGUUUUUCCUCCAUCAACACUCUCCUUUCUUCUCUCCAGGUUAAUGGAUAUAGAUAAUGGUUUCAUUAUUUCAGGAAUACAAAAACUACUUGUGGAGUGGAAAAGACUGAUGUUAACAUUUUCAGGACCUUGCCUUCAAAUGCUCAGAGUGCUUUUUGCCAGAGUGACCACUUCAUUUAAGGCUGUUCUUUUCUUUCUUUGUGUACACCAUAUAGAAACGGGAAGAAUGCCUGAUGUAAUUAUGUACAGAAUUUGUGUAAGUUAUUUUUGGAGCCUUAUAAGAGAUGGAUGUUCUAGGACUGGCCUUUGCAGUUACACGUCAGACCACUUAAAAACGCUAUCCCCCAGACUAACCAAUGUUUGAGUUUUUCUUUUCAAGACAGGUGAUUAAAAACAUGAGUGAAUAAAUUGUGUUUAAGUUUUUGAUAUUGUAAAGGCUACUGGGGAUAACUAAAAAAUUGUUUCUAUAAUUUAAAGUCAAAAUAUGAUUGGUUCCGGCCCUACAUCUUAACCUGAAGUUUUAACCAAGACAGAAGAUAGGCUGGCAGCUUUCUCUGGCUUUAUGUAACAUCAUUUCCUAAUAAAUUCAAUGCUUUCUUCCGGUUG